GGGGGGCCAGGCUGCGGCCCAGGGCCCACCAGGGCUGGGCUGCCGAGGGGCUGCAGCCCAACCUGCCAUGGUCCAGCCUCACCCGCUGCUCUCAGCCGCAGCACCGGGAUCCCCAGCCAGGCGGAGGCGCCCAGCCGGCACCCAUGGCCCCAGUGCCUGGUGGGGAGGGUGCCUCCUGUCUGCUCUUGGCCCCCGAGAAGCUCAUUAGUGAUGCUCCCGCCUCCCGGCCUGGUCCCUGUGGACCGGGCAUCGAGUGCAGGAGGCUCUAAUGGCUCCAAGUGGCUCUUGAUGGGCCGUGAUGGAGGCGGGAGAGGAGGGGCUGUGGUUUCUGCCUUCCCCGGAGCCAGACCUGCUGCUGCUCAGGGUCAGCCGGGAAGAUGCCGAGUGGGCUCCUGCUCCGGCUGCUGCUCGCCAUGGCGCUGUGCCCCGAGCUCUGCGGGACAGGAUCGGUGCAGAACCUGCACCUCUGCGAGGGCUACGCAGGCCCCGACGGCCGCUACCACCCCGGCUUCUACUGCCCGCGGCUGACAGACCCCGCCAGGCACCGCUACUGCUGCCGCCCCGGCCCGCGCACGCUCAAGUCCUGCUGCGCCCAGGAAGCCCUGGAGGCCCUCACCGGGGUGAACGUCUCCAGCCUGGCCAGCGCCGGCCUCCUCCGGAACCCCCUGGCGCUGCCCUUCGUGGGGCUCUACGGGCUCCUCAUCCUCCUCCUCAUGGCCAUCGACCUCGUCCACUUCUACCGCACCCGGCACUGCCGCCUCGGCCGCCUCCUGCCCUGGGGCCGCCGCCUGCCCAGCAGCCUCCCGGGGGGGCACCGGCUGCGGUCCCGCUCCCCGCAGCCCCGCGGCACCGGGGCUCCCGGGCGGGGCUGCUGA